GCUCUUCUAACAAACGAAGAAGGAAAAGGAAUAAAAAAAAAAAAAGGGAGACUCACGCUGCAUUCUGAUCUUGUCCCUCAGUCAAGCUCGCCAGUGUUUGUCGGCCGCUCCUGCGUGUGUCUCGCUGCUGCCGCUGCACAGCCUCAACAAGAAUAGAUUUUUUGAUUUUGGUUGUUGUUGUUGUUGUUGCUGCUGUUGUUGUGGACUUGGCAAGACAUAUUUUUGAUGUUGUGAGUGCAAAUCCGAGACGAAUGGCCAUCAUGUUUUAAAAGCAAACAAGUGCUGGCCCGUUUCAUUUGGCUUCGACGAUAAUCGACGAUAACGCACGGGGGAUAAUUGUUUGACGUCAAGAACAAAGAACUAUGAGUCGUUUAAAGACGGAGUUGCAGUUUCUGAGGAAGAAAGGCGCCCUGAAGACGUGCACGACAGAGUCUCAGGCGGUGACAAUAGCGGCCGGAACAGCAGCGGAUCAUCACAGCGUCAACGGCCGAUGUUGCGCUCGAUGUAGGACCGGUCUCGGCCGCAUCAUCAAUCGGGGCGCCCUAUGCAAGUCUUGCCGACAGCGCGUCUGCAAAGCCUGUCGUGAAUACAAUGUGCCAAAAGCUUCCGGUUCCACUGGCGGCACCGACUGGGUCUGCACCGUUUGCUACAAGACAGCAUCGGUGGAGGCGGCGACGGGUGAAUGGAUGAAUUCGUUUAUACGAAGGCCUAGCCGGCAGCGAUUCAGCAAAGAUGGGGUCGAUGCCGGAGACAUUGUGGCCAGAGGCAUCCGACGCAGCUGGACAAUAUCUAAUCCAUCCAGCUCCAAAGAGGAGGGAGGCAUUUCGGCGGAACGGGUCCAAGUCUACCAUCAACAACAGUCACCCCAGCUGCACGGCCAGCGAUCGACGAUGGGCAAACAACAGCAAGAGCAAGGAGCCAGCAAUAAGCCGGCCGCGCCGGACGACGAGAAUCGACCGCCUGCCGUCGCAGGAGGAGCAGGAGGAGGAGGCAAUGGCGGCCUUGUGUGGGAGCCUCGAGAUCCGCCGCUCCAGUACAGCAUCAUUGCGCAUCAGCAGCAACAACAGCAGCCGCCGCCGCAGAAUCACGGCGUUGUCAAGUCACGCUUGGAGCCGAGACGCUCGGCCAGCCUUUCCCAGGCCGAUUUGGCCACCUACGAAGGGAAAGUGGUCCUUGGCCGUCUUCAUCCGCACUCGAGUCAAUCACCGCCACGCCCUCCGCCACCGCAAGAGUCGGCGGCGUCGCGUUAUCAAGACUAUUACGAAACCAAAUACGAAAAACCCGUCCGGCGCGGAUUAACUCCCGACGUCGGACCGGGCAUUGGCCAGCAGCAACCGAGAGGCAGGCCGAUUCUACCUGGAAUCGAUGUCGACACGAUUUGGAAAUCCAGAUGGAGAUCGACGUCACCGCCGCCGGCGCCCGUCGACGAUUGGCUGCCGAUUAAACCGCCUCAACUGGCGUGGGCAAAGCCCGUCCAGCUGCCCCCCAUGGUCGAAUUGCGGAGUAGCAGAAAGACGUCGCGGAUACCUCUGCCCCACAACCCGAUGGCCAAUCCGAUGGCCAGGAGCAUGUCGGGCGAUAUGGAUCACAUGAUUUAUCUGGAACGGGACAUGCCGGCCGAUGCCCGGCUCAUGUUCCGCGAGAGGACGCGCAGCAUCGACCGAGGCCUGGCGCAGCACCACCACCACAAUCAGCAACCGCACCAUCCGCAUCACCCGCGCAUCGCCUACAAGACGUACGAGGAGGAACUGGCCGACUAUCACGGCCGGACGGGAAGUGUCGACCGCUUGGCCAGCGGGGGUCAUCGAGGCCGGCCGAGAACCAUCCGAAUGGGCACGCAGAGUCAUCAGGUGGGGCGGAGCGUGCCGGCCUCGUUGGAGCGGCGCCACAACGAGGAUCGCUCCAGCAGCCGCAGGCGGCCGGAAAGCGGAGAUUCCAGCAACUCUUCCGGUACGCGCCAGCAGAGUUCUUCGCGCAGGGGAAGCAGUUCGACGGCCGAUGUCAGCAACGAUUCCGCCGGCGGCAAGUCGGCCUCUCGCAGCAACAACGUCAAUCGUGUCUACAUCGACGGCCAGCACCAAGAGCAGGAGCAGGUCGUGUUGCGCAAUCCGUCGUCGUCGGCCAUCCGCGUCACGAUGACGGACACGCGUUCUCUCAAACGGCCGACGAACAACAGAGCCGGCCAACCUCCGACUCAUGUGCAUCAGAUGAACGAGUCGUCGACGAUGCCGCGGAUGAGCAAACGGCACGGCCUCGCUCAGAGUCCGCACCGGCUGACGGGUGUCGUCCAGCCUCAACACCAUCCUCACGCUGGAACAACGACAGUCUAUCUGGCUCGAGAUCAUCAGGAAUGGCAGCAAGGCGCGCCGUCCGUUCGCCACCACGCCAUCGAGGUGGAGCCGCAGCACAGCGUCUACCGCAACAAGACGACGACCAAGCGGAUCAAGACGGACGCCGAUGGCCAAGGUCAAAAGCCAUCGAUCAAGAAGGCCGUCGUCAGUCCAAUCAAGAGGACAACAACGCGGACAACGGAGGAUAGAAUAACGGUGACGAAAGAAGUGAGAGAAGUGAGUAACUCGGCGGCCAAUCCGUCAAGAGUCGCGACGGUAGCGCCCAUGUCGAUUGUGACGGCCGAACCGGCCCAAAUCGUCGUCGAUUACGGCGACGGACGUGAUGAAGAGGAGGAAGGAUCGGUGGUGACGAUGAUGCAAGACGCGUCAGUUCAAACCAGCGAGACGGGCCAAGAUGAUCAGGAAACGGAUGACGAACGAAGUGACGUGACGGUUCAACAGAGAAGACCUCCGCCAGAGGAGGCAGGGGCUAGAGGUGUAGGCGGAUCGGACGAAUCCGAUGGCACCAACGAAGAGAUUUCUCUUUGCACAAAAAGGACUCAUCGCGAACAGCAAUCGAGUGAGCAGAGAACCGUGACGGCCCAGAGUCAAACGUAUCCCAACAGUAGCGACACGGCCAGCGACAUCGGUGGCCUGCUGGACAGCGACAAAAUGCAUCCGGAAGGCGACGAUUACAAGAUCGUUUUCAUCAGUUCCGAUUCGUCCAAGUCGGGCGAUUCGCUAGAAGGCAGUUUCGAUAACGACACGAUGGGCAUUGAUCAAAUGCACAGCCAUUCCCGGCAGACGUGCCGUUCCAGCAGUGUGCACGAUUCAGAGUCGGCGGCCGGAUUUAUCGACGAGAGUGAUUGGGAUUUUUUCGCCGCUAGAGGGCAGCAGCAGCCACAACCGCCUAUUGCUGCCGUACCUAUCCAGCAUCAACAACAACAACAACAGUUACCCGAACAACUGCAACAACAAGCGGCUAAACCAGCAUUACCAGUCACUGUCACUGCCAACACGGGCACUUGUUCCAGUUCCGGUUCGGCUAUCGUUCGUCUACGCGGCGUAACGACCACGGAUGACAGCAGUCAACGGUCGUCGUUCGGUAUCGAGUCGCCCAGGACGUUCAUGAUGGACGAUUUCAACUACGGCUGGACGAGUGUGGAUGAAACAGUCAGUCAGCGCGGGUCGACCAUCGACGAUUGUUUACCUUGGACCAGCAUGGUCACCUACGCCUCCCGCCAAGUGCAGACCGAUUUCGACGCCAGUAGUGUCAGCGUGGAUUUUGAAGCCGAAACGUUCAAUUCUGAAUACGAGAGCAUGAGCCAUUUCAUCAGAGAUGGACCACCUCCGCCACCUCCUCCUCCUCAUCACAUGAUGACCGAACAUUUCGUACCCAUUUGGCAAGUGCCAGCCAGUUCGCGUUCCAGCACUCACAGCCUGCACUCGCUUCUGAGUGAAACGACUGCGACAAAUCAGAGCUCUGCAGGUGGUGGUAAACUUCGGAGCUAUUUCAGCCGUUCUGAUUCCAAAAGAUCUAGCGGCGAACGUUCGGUUGAAGAGCUCAGCUAUCACGACCACAUUCUCUCGCUUGAACCUACCAGCAACAGCUUUAUUUCCAGCUUGUAUUCUCCCGAAGGAAUGGCUCUGCCGGGUUUCCAGGAGUAUCGCGAUCGAAUCUUCACCGAAAUCCAGGCUUACACAGCCAAAGGUGACUGGAACUUGACGAAUGCCAUGUCUUCUCCGCCGGUCCCCAGUUCGCCAGAGCUACUGCGUAAUACGACACUGCGGCAGGGCAAUGGCCGACCGGGCAGUGCUAGUAAUUCCAGUUGGCUAGCCGGCCCCCUGUUGGGCAAAAUCAACAACACCUAUCGAAUUCGACCGACAGGUUCGCGAGUUGCGGUUGCUCCGGCCGCCAAGAGGUGGCGCGGCAAUGCCUCUGGUGACAUUUCGCCGCCAGCUGUUCAUGCAAGCGAAGUUUCAGCAUCUGCGCCACGAAUCGAGUCAGUACACCUGAGUCAGCAGUGUAGCCACGCUUUACCCGACCAGCAGCUUCGCACUAGAGAAGAAAACGGACACUUUCACUUGAACGGUCAGAAGGGCAAUCACGCCAGUCGACCAAGCACCAGCACCAACGCCAACAACAUUCGUCUUCCAUCUCCAUCUUCGCGAGUAGAAAGUCGUGUUAGUGCAGCCGUAGUGGCCCAAUCGAUACAAAGCAGUGCCACCCCCAUUGAUAAUCAAAGCACAACGUUCGUGACAGUGAAUCAGCUUCCAACAGAGGAGGUAACACUGCCAGCCCAUUCCAGUUCUUCCCAGCAGAGCUAUACCAGUGAUCAUUCUCUGCUGUGUGUAGCAGAAGCUGGUGCUAACACAUCGGCGCAAGCAGGUCCAAGCCUUCAACGAAAUCUGUCCAGUCAACAAGCUCAAGUGGUUGAAAGUAGUCCACCUUGGAAAUCUGGGCCACCUCAUCGUACACAAACACCUCCACCCCCACUCCCACCAGCAGCAGCUGUUGGCGACCAUUCAUCGUCGCCACUGUCUUCAGCCAUCGACGGCUCAGUGGCCAUCGUCGCCAAAACGAGUAGCAAUGCUGUCAACGCUGGGGGCCCGCAAUGCCCCCCUUUCCCCUCGUCGGUCGCCAGUGGCAGCGCCGCCGCCGAAGAGCCGAUGGAGAUUCACGACGACGACGAUGUAAUCAGCCAUUGUUGUGCUCCGCCGCUGCUCUCAGCCGCUUCCUGCCACCAGCCCCACAUGCACAGCCCUCAGGCGUCCCUACCGCCGCCAGAAUCAGCUGGCCUUGAUUCCCCUCUUCCUACUCCUCCGACACUACUACUAUCGCCGCCCCUUUCUCCUGGCCCAGUUGAAGCACUCACCGAAACGUCUGACGGCAAAAACGAAGACGAAAAAGAAGAGGACAUUGCCCAAGUCCAGGCUGAGUGUCCGUUCAACGUCACGCCUCAUUUAUAUUCCGUCAACGGACACGAAGAAGAUGAUGGAAAUAAAGAAGGAAAGGAAGUUGAAUCCUUUGUUGCGGCCACCACCGCCGCCACCCAACCGAAAGGGGUAGAAAUAAUACGGUCAGUUGUGCUACAUCCCAGUGACACAACUCUGGUAGCCUCAGGUGCUUCUUUCGUCGGCCCGAGAGCUCCCUGGCAGCAACACGAGCAAGACGUAACGGCAAACGACAACCACGACGACGAACAGGCUCACGGUGCGGCCAACCAAGGAGGAAAAACAGUCGAAAGCAACGCCAUGUCCAGCCCGGAACGGGCUUCUUCGUCGUCGUCUCUGUUGACGCCGCCAUCCAGCAGCAACAGCAGCUCUCGUUUCCAAGUCUUGGCAGCCGAAUUGUCUUCUUCCCCUGCUGGCCUUACUCACAACGAAGGCAGGGGUCGGCCACUUCGCUUCUUGAGCUCCGAUUCGGAUGUGACGGAAACGACUAGCGGUGACGAUGACAGUAGCAACGGGGCCGGUGGCGGAUUCGACACAGAUUCCCAGCAGGAGACCGUUCUAGAGGGUCUCAACAGUGCCGCCUACAACGACUUGCGUCAGUUCGCCAUCAAACAAUCGAGCAGCCAAAAGGAAGUGGCUGCGACCGUUGCCAAUCCAGUUGCACUGGAUCCGCAAUCGGACACGGACAGUUCCAGUUCCAUUAGCAGCCAACAACCUCCAGCGAAACGAAGCAGCGGUGGUGAAAGCAGUGUCACUGCAUCGCCCGUCCUUAGCGACGGCCGGCUAACUCCGCGCAGACAGUACACCAGCUACGUUCUCAUCAAGGGUGGCAAUAGCGGAAAGACGAGCAGCGGAAGUAGCAGCGAUCACGUUAUCAGCGACGAUGAGAGCGGCGUGACCGUCACCCUUUCCCGAGAGCCCGUCACGGCGGCGUGUGUCGUCGAGGUCCCAGCGCCGUCACCUACGCUAGCUGAUUGGACGGCCGGAGAAGGAGGCGGAAGCGAUUCGGAAACGAAUGAAGAAUCGGGCUCCUGUGUCACGAUAUCUGGCAAUGGUGUACUGACGGAUCACGAUUUAGCUACCAGCGACGAAGAUGAUAUGAACAGCGAAACAAAUGGCAUGUCGUCGAAAUUAGCUAAAUAUUUUACGUAUGAACUGGAAUCUACCGCUGGCUACACGGCCGAUAAUUCCGCCCGCAAACAACCGAUCGUUCACCGCAAUCCAAUUGAAAUGCGAUCUCCUUCUUCACCUGAUCCUUAUAACGGCCUUCACGAUCGAGAAGAACUGGACGAAGAAGAAGAAGAAGAAGUCAGCCUUACUUCUAUAGAAGAUCAAGACGCGUCUCAGUCUCACAGCCUGGAACAAGAGACGCUGCAGUACGAAUCCGAUCCCUCCGAUUCGCGUUUGGAUUCCAUCGGUGACGACGGAGAGUCCCUGUAUUCCGAGUCUGGAGCCUCUUCAGGAGACGAAGUCUACAUGGAUCAAGAGGAAGAGCUACGAGGCUACAACCAACGAGCCAUCGACUUCACUUUGCAUACGAUCCUAGAGGAGAGCUGCGAGGAGAGCGAUGGCGGGGAAAGGAGAUCACGAACGGGCGGGGACAAGAGAAUGACCAGCAAAGAGCCUUCCGAACUGGAAAAGUAUUUCACUCAAGGCCUCGGGUCCAACUCGAACGCUGGUGGCCACGAUCAGGAUGGCACCGGUGCCAAAAGGAGGACGAGUUUCGCCAACGAAGAGAGCGAAUACAGCGAUACAUUCUCUGAGACGUCCAGUUCGAUUUACUCGGAAGGCAGAAGCGGUGGCGAAGAAGAAGAUGAAACCGAUCCGGUUGAGUUGGCGUCAUCACGUCUGGAAAAAUAUUUCCGCACCAACUUUCUUGGUCUGGAAGGUGCCGGUGGUCACGGCAACAGAGCAGAAAUGUUGGGCCAGACAGGAAACAACACCUCUUCAGAUGGAAGCGAAAGUGUUGGCAGCGACAGCGAAGGGCAUCCAAGCCCGGAGCAGCAACGCCGCAAGAAGGUGAUGAAGACGCGCGGCCUAAGAGGACAACAGAUGCAAGCCGCAGAUUGGAGCCGAUCGAGUCUUGUUGGUAGCGACCUCGAUGACGGUGGCCAAUCCGACAGUCUCUCGACAGAUCCCGAUUCUCUACCGCUGGACAGCCUUCACCAUCAUUCGUUGUCCUCGUCUCCAUCCGUAGAUGACGACGACGAAGAGGAGGACGACGAUGAAGAAGAGGAGGAGGAAGAGAUUGUCAUGGAGAAAACGGACGGCCAGUUUGAUACCAUCAAACGUCGCAAGAAGAAGCGCACCGCCGGCGAAUCGAAUCAGCAAGCCGUGGAGAAGCAGAUCGCCAUCAUAGAGGAUCAGGCAUCUUUGCAGCAGGCUGACGUUGUUACCGCUGACGAUAUGGAAAAGACCCUGGAAACUGUCAAUGACCAAAUGAAGAAUCCUCAAGUGCCUCCACCGGCCGUCGUUGUCGAUGAAAUUCAAGCUGCCGCCGUUGCUGUCGCUGCUGCACCUGCAUCCGCCAGCGGAUUGGAUCCCAAUUGUCCGCGCAAGUAUCAGAGCCGCGACAGCGGCUUCGUUGGCAGUUGUGACGACCUACUCAGCGAUUCGCAAAAGAGCAUCCGUCAACGGUUGUCAUCCGAAUCGGGUGGCAGUUCAGAUGGAGUCACUGACGAAAAAACGAAGAAAACCGCAGCUGCAUUGGCACCGUCGGUCGACAAUGAUUUCGCUGGAUCGAACACGACGUUGGUUAACAAACCAGACGAAAGUGAUUCUAAAUCGGGCAAAAGUGUGGGCAGCAGCGGCUCUUCCGGCGAUCACGGAGGCUCGCUGACUUCCACUUCGCAAUCGUCGAAGAGUGGCAAACUCAGCCGAAAGGAUAGCUUCAACAACUGGAGCUCAGACGAAGAAACGAAUCUAAUGAUGAACAAAAUGCGAGCCUUUUUUCGCAACAUGGUUUCCGGCGGAGUGAACAAUGACAGCGGCAGCGAGAAAGUCAAGCCACCGCAGUUAGUCGUCUUCGAAACGGAAUUGACUCGCCUGAUGAAAUCAGUUCCGGGCAUCAACGAUCAACAAGUCAAAGAAAUUGUCGAGUACCUGAGUAGCGAGGACACGUGGAGUGAUAGUUACGAUUCGUCUGACUACACCAGCAGCGAUCUAGAAGCGGCCGGAGCCGUGCUGGAACAAACGACUUUACUUCCCGAGCUUCUCGGCGGUAACGACAGGUCAGAUCUCCAACAACAAAUAUCAGCCAGCUGUCAGGAAAUCAUCGAGAAGUUCGAUCUGGACCGCAGCCCUGAUGGGUCACAUAUGCAAAUCAACGCCGUCGGAUCAGCCCCGUGGCUUCAUAUGGGACAAGUCGACGAUGCCAGCAACUCUCUUAACAAAGAAACUGCCUUCGUUUACCAACGACUUGUAAAUUCUCUAAUGCGUUUGAACAGUGGGCCGAAACAGCCCGCCACAAGCACAACGCCGUCAUCAGUGGCACCUGCCACAGCUGGACCAAGCUCAGAGGAUGCUUCCACUAGCCAACAACAGCCGCAUCAAAACUCGCCGCCUAUGAUUGCUAAAGUAUUGCAUCACAUUGGUAACCGUCUGGUGGCAUUAAUGCACGAAGUCUCAGCCAGCAGCCCGGACACGACUUCGCAUUCCGGCAGCCUGGACGAAGAUGCACAAUCCGCCAGUCGUUUGAAAGAACUCCGAUUGGCUGCUCAUUUUGAACCGGUCACCUCCAGUCCACGUUUGCCAAAGGUCGGCCGUCUUUAUGUCAGCAACAAGGAACAUCAUAGCUGCUCUGACGAUAAACGCUCGCUGUCCACCAGCAUCGAUUCGGAAGACACACCCACAGAUACCGAACAGUCGCCUGAUUCGUCUGACGACAGCCGGAAUCGUAAAAAGAAUGGAGAUACUUCCAACAGUAACAUCAAGUUCGGUUUCGAGAGCUUGCACAGUUACGAAAAGCGGAUGUCGUCGUCGCUGCCUCCUCAAUUAGUAGCGAUUGAGCCACAACAACAACAGCAGCAACAACAACAACAACCCCGUAGUAGCAGCAGCAGCCUCCGUGGAGAUGGAUUCGCUUCUCUUCCGGAGGAGAUCAGCCGCAGCAGUGGUAGUUUCAUUAGCGGAGGCUCUCGCAGUGUCAAAGCUCGUUUGGCCGAACGAGCCCGAACACUGGAGGCUGAACGAAGGCGGAUGGCUGAGGAGCAACAGCAACAACAGCAACAGCAGUUGCAAGAAAUGAGCAUCUCAGCCGCUGCGGCCGUUGCCAGCGCUUCGGUUGUCGAAGAAGAUCCAGCCGAUGAGGACCGAUUUUACAAGAAAGCUCGCAAGCUUCCUCGUUUCUCGCUCUUUGCCCGGACGUCACGGGACAGUGUCACCAGGGAUGCCCUCCAGUCAUCCAGCAGCGGUGUCUCUGACAUUGCCGAAGAGAAAGAAGACGAAUUUUCCGGCUGGCGUAGUAGCUUUGAAUCGGCUAUUGCAGCCGAUUCACGGACGAAGCUCUCAUUAGAAGCCAAACGGCGGAGUGCCGGAUCGGCUUCAUCGAGUGAGCUGUUUGCAAGCACGGGCGAGUUGCUAGACAGAGAUUCUUCACGCGGAUUGCGUGUCCGCGGUGCCUCAGCCGGCCACUCGUCCAAGUUCUCGCUUCCGAACCUUCUCGAGAGAGAUGCUGUGCGGAUGGCCCGAGAACGUGACAGAGAGCGGUCAGCCAGUAGCGACGUCUUGCUCUCAACUUCGCCAGCAGCCAGCAGCGCCAUACUUUCCAGCGUUGCCGACCACCAGCAAAGCGGAGAUGCGGAGGACGAAGAUGGCGCAUGGGACCGGUUGGUAAUCACUCGCCUUUCCUCGAAACGCCGUUCCAGCGUGCCCGACACGAGGGAGGAACGAGGGAGCGCCGAAGCAUCCGAACCGCGAUCCACAACCUUGCCGCGCAGCGCCACCGCAUUGAGCGCCGUGGAGAACGAACUCGACUUGGGAUCGAGCUCGUCACCGUCCAUUUCCGUCUCAACGGCCGGUGUCAAGAAAUCACUUUCGCUCUUACUGAGCCACACGACCACCAAUUCCGCAUCGGAGACGAGCCUAAACACGUCGAACGAUGCCACACCGGUCCGUUCGGCCCGUUACAGGCCUCCUGGAUUCAGAAGCCAUACGUCAGCAUCACCACAUAACCACCAAGUGGAAACCAUCCCCAAAACUCCUCAGCGCAGUAGUACACCUCAACGUGCUCCGUCUGCCCCCAGGCUGGGUGUCGAAUCGGUCACUCCGCGUUCGUCAGGAUCGGCGGCCUCGUUAUCCAGUCGUCGGAACGUUCGUUCCAUGCUAGCAGAUGAGAGGAGAGAACCUUACUCGUCGAGUCCUUCCUUUGUUCGGGAGGGAUUACGGACGAGCGUGGCCAGCAGUGCAGCUAGCGGAGAGUCCUUCUCCAGCGUAUCGGCGUCCGAUACGCUGGAAGAUAGCGAAUUAUCCGUCACGACAGUCAAUAAUAAAUCCCGCAGUGCUUCUCUCUCCGCACUUGGCACUCGCAGCGAUUCUAUGGCCAGUGUCUACUCGGCUGCAGGUGAGGCCCGUUACGGUACAGUGGCCGUCCGUGGAGAGAUCCAAUUUGGUUUGCAUUACAAUUACCGCCAGACUGCCCUAGAAGUUUUCGUGAAGCAGUGCAAAGACCUGGCGCCUGUUGACACUAAGCGAAAUCGAUCAGAUCCGUAUGCUAAGGUCUAUCUGUUACCUGACCGUUCUAAGAGCGGUAAACGAAAGACCAAAGUCAAGAAACACACUCUUUCCCCAAUGUUUGAAGAAAAUUUAAAGUUUACAACGUCGCUUUCCGACUUGGAGAAUCGAACACUGUGGCUAACCGUUUGGCAUAGUGAUAUGUUCGGUCGCAAUGAUUUCCUCGGUGAAGUCACUUUGCCGCUUGCAGGGCGAAUCUUUGACGACCCGACACCGCAUUGGUAUCAACUCCAAGAACGGUCUGAAAUGAUUGAGGAUUCCGGAGUGAUGCCGUUUUACCGCGGCGAUAUGAUUGUUGCCCUCAAAUACAUCCCGGGUGAAUCCUCGCCGACCAAAAGAACAAAGAAAUCUAAAGGAGCUCUUCACGUAAUUGUUAAAGAAGCCAAAGGCCUUAUCCCCGCUAGACCCAACGGAAACAUUGAUGCUUUGUGCAAAGGGACACUUCUGCCCGAAAAGGGUAAACCGACGAAACACAAGACGAGCAUUUGUCGUAGGACGUCGAAUCCUGUGUGGAACUGCAGGUUCAUUUUCGACGAUAUUUCUCAUCAAGAACUAAAAGAGCGUGCCUUAGAAUUGGACAUUUGGAAUCAUGACCGAUUAGCUACCAAAGAGUUUCUUGGCGGACUGAGACUCAACCUUGGCACUGGUUUGUUCCAAGGAAAACCAGUAGAGUGGAUGGAUGCCAGCGGCAAAGAAGUAACGCUCUGGCAAAGUGUCGUUGAACGUGCUGGAUUGUGGGUAGAGGGUUCCGUGCCCUUGCGCACAGCGAUGGAGCGUCCAUCUGGCGAGUAGAAACACUACGGGUACAUCGAAGAAACAAGACAUUUUCAGACGCAGUAAAGUGUCCUACAAAUCCCGUGGCUCAUGCCUAUAACAAGUGGACACAUGAAGAUUGGGCUUUAGAAGAAACGACCGUUGAAUAUUCCCCGUGCGAAACAUUCCAUUCGCAAAUAAUAGUGAAAAAGACAAUAUUGCAUUCCGCAUCCAUUAUUCCAAAGCCUUAUCAAGAAAAACAGUUUCAGCGUUCGUCACGGUUAACGAAUAAUAAGUGAAUUAGCAAUGCAACGUCCGCGAGCUGUUUUACAUUAAAGCCUGUUCUUGUUGUACAUAAUGAUGCGAAAAAUGUGGUCGUGCCAUUUGCAAUAUUUCCAACUUCCAUCCGUUUUGCUAUGACAUUUACAUUUAUACUUCCUAAUGGAGAUAUUCCUCACGUCUAACCGAUGUUUUUGCCUCUUCAGCUCCCCUCAACCAGAAACUUUUGUGCCCCCCUUUUUCUCGACGUACGCUCUGUGAUGGUGAUUAAUAUUUGUUUGUUUGUUUUUGUUUUUUUUUCAGAAUAUAUUUAUGUAAAUUUGUCCAGAGUU